GACCGUUAACUCCAAGCUCAUAAACCCUGAGCUAGUUACUAAUCUCCUCCACCUCUUCCUCACCCUCCCUGGUCUGCUCCACCAUUCUUCUGCUACUCCUUUACUCCUUCUGCCAGCAGGCUUCAGCUCACCCCUUCCAGCUUCAUCCUCCCUCUGCCUCAGGCACUGUCCCAGGCACAUGCUCCUCUAACCCACUCAGCCCUGAGUCUUCCGUGAUACCCUUUGCAAGACCCAGGCUUCUGUUUCUCUUUUACUUUCUCAUUUAUUCCCUUCCCAAUUUAUUCCCUACUUGCCAGAAGACUCGGUCCUAAGCCCCUCCUGACCCUUCCUGUCCUGCCUGUAAGUCGCAGGAGCUUUUGGAAACGUGAAGCUUGAGAUAAAGGGCAGUGUCAGGGCUGCGCCCGCAACAGCACAUUGCUUUCCUGCUAGGCAUGUGUACAUAUUUUGCACAUGUUCAUACACUUUAAGGCAGGGAGUUUUUUUCUGUGACACAGGGGCUCUGCACCAGGCACUGCACAGCAACAGCAUCACCAAUGAAACUGCUUCCAUUCCUAGUUCUGAUUUCCAGUCUGCUGGACUAUGGCUACACUUCUGCAAGCUGCAACAUGACAUGCCACAAAGAUGCCAGGUGUGAAGUUCAGGGUGGGACAACAGGCUGCUAUUGCUCCCAAGGAUAUACAGGAAAUGGCAUAACAUUCUGUUACGAUGAUAAUGAAUGUGAAAAUGCUACUCAGCCUUGUGGAGAGCAUGCCAAUUGCACAAACACAGUGGGAAGUUAUUUCUGCAUGUGUAUGCCUGGUUUCAAAUCCAGCAAUGGUCAACAAACUUUUGUACCUAAUGAUGGAACCUCCUGUGUGGAUGUAGAUGAGUGCAGCAAUGAAGGAACUGUUGCCUGUGGAGAUCAUGCAAAAUGUGAAAACGUGGAUGGAGGGUUUAACUGCUCCUGUAAGGAAGGUUAUCAACCAUCCACAGGAAAAUUGCAGUUUAAGCCAAAUGAUGGCACUUCCUGCCAAGAAAAUCCGAAGGCCAAGUGUGAGUUAUACAAAGACUGUAUAACUGAACAUACUAACAGAACUUUAGCUGGGAUUAGUCAUUUGAAAACACCCCUGGAGAUGCUGCAAGAAAUUAAUAAAAAUACUUUGGGACCACUUUUACCUGUAGAUGUGAUUUCAUAUGUUGAAGCACUAUCUUAUUCAUCAUUGAAUACCAGGCAUUACUCUGUUUCUGACAAUGAAACACUUCGUAAUACAACCAUUAAUGUUUUGGUUAGUACUGUGAACAAUUUUUUGCAAAAAGACAAGAUAACAGUUUGGGAGGCUCUUCCUGUAGAUAACCAAAGACGGAGCCUGACUAAGCUGCUGCAUACUGCAGAACAAGCAAUGCUUCUCAUGUCACAGAACUUCAAAAAGACAACACAGCUAGAUGCUAAUGCAAGUGACAUAGCACUCAAGGUUUUUGCUUUUGAUUCGCAUCACAUGAAACACAUUCACCCUCAUGUAUACACGGGGGGAGAUUACAUAAAGAUCUCUCCAAAGAAGAGAGAGGAAUCUCAUCCUAAUGGCACCGUUGCAGUUGUCUUUCUGCGGUAUAGCAAUAUUGGUUCUUUGCUUUCAUCGCCUAAAAACCUCUCCUCAAAAGAUACUUCAGAGCAGAGACAGACCGUAAGCUCAUCAGUUAUAGCUGUGGCAAUUAGCUCAAAUCCACCUACACUCUAUGAGCUUGAGAAAAUAACAUUUACCUUAAAGUAUGCCAAGACUGUGGAUAAAGAUGUUAAAUGUGCGUUUUGGAACUACUCAGCAGACACAAUGAAUGGCAACUGGGCUACAGAAGGCUGUGAGCUGACACAUUCCAACUCCACUCAUAUCUCAUGCAAAUGUAAUCAUCUGACUCAUUUUGCUGUUUUGAUGUCCUCAGGUGGCUCUGUUGGUGUUACAAAUUAUAACAUUCUUACAAGAAUCACUCAGCUAGGAAUAAUUAUUUCGUUGAUUUGCCUCUCCAUGUGCAUUUUUACAUUCUGGUUCUUCAGUGAAAUUCAAAGCACUAGAACGACAAUUCACAAAAACCUCUGCUGCAGCCUUUUCCUGGCGGAACUUAUUUUUCUGAUUGGAAUUAAUAUGAACAAUAAUAAGCUCUUCUGUUCAAUUACUGCUGGAUUACUCCAUUAUUUCCUUCUAGCUGCUUUUGCAUGGAUGUGCAUUGAAGGUAUUCACCUCUACCUUAUAGUUGUGGGAGUCAUCUACAACAAGGGUUUCUUGCAUAAGAACUUCUAUGUCUUUGGCUACGUCAGUCCAGCCGUGGUCGUUGGAAUCUCCGCUGCACUAGGAUACAAGUACUAUGGCACCACAGAAGUAUGUUGGCUCAGCACGAAGAACAACUUUAUAUGGAGUUUUAUAGGACCAGCAUGUCUAAUAAUUCUUAUCCUGUGCCCGAGGUGCUCUUGCUCUCCUGUUCCUCCUUGGGGCUACGUGGAUCUUCGGAGUCCUCCAUGUUGUCCAGGGAUCCGUGGUUACAGCAUAUCUUUUUACAAUCUUCAAUGCAUUUCAGGGGAUGUUCAUCUUCAUAUUUCUUUGUGUGUUGUCUAGGAAGAUUCAGGAAGAAUAUUAUAGGUUGUUCAAAAACGUUCCUUGCUGUUUUGGCUGCUUGAGAUAAACGGAAUGAAAAUAUGCACGAGCGUUUCAGUGGAAGAAGGGAGCAAGCUAGAUGAUGUUGUUAUGGAUGUUAUAGAAAAAACAUGUUAUUUUGAAAGUAUGAAAUGACACAGUGAGCAGGCAUAUCUUUUAACUGAAUUACUGACUGGUUUUGUACAUAUGUGUGCAUUCAUGCAAAGCAUUUAUAUUAUGCUGUAUACAAAGAGUAUACAAAACAAACUGGAUUGUUGCAAAACAAAUAUUAAUGAAGACCAGGGAAAAAAGCAAAUUUCUAAAGAAACCCAAGAUUUUUUAGGACUUUUAGGUUUUGUUUCUAAUACUAGAAAUACCUGCAGUUUUUGAAAACAAGAUACCAAAAUCUAACUGGCACAGCAGAUUUUAUGAAUUGCUUUGUCAGUGGAAGCAUGUUCACUGUGUUUUUUGUAGUAAUGAGCUUCUUACAUUAAGUUGUAUGUGGUCAUCUGCAGGGAAUGGGUUCCAUCAAAGAGUCAUUAGAUAAAGAUCAGCUUCAGCCCAGACUUUGGAAAACAUUUCUUUUAAUUUAAAGUAGAUUAAAGAAGGAAUUUGUUGAAUACUAUUCUCUUAUCACUCUGAAAUAUAUAUUUGUAUUUUAAUCAAUUCUUUAUUUUUAUAACUUUUAAAGAACUGUUUAGAUCUUAAGAGCUGAGGUCAGAUCUGAUACAAGAAUGGUGGGGCAGCCAUUUUGUAAGUGAAUGAUUGUUUUGUGAAUACUUUGAAAAAGAUCUGAUUCUUGUUUUAUUUAAUUGCCAAAAAGACUGAGAUCUGCUAAACAGGCACGAUGAUUUUGGAGGCUAUGGGAAGAAGAUGCUUUCACUAGUUUGUCUCUUGAUAUUUAGAAUCCAGACCUUGUAGCAUCAAAUUAAAAGUGGUAGUAAUCACUCAUGCAGAAGAAUGCAGAUUUAAAUUCAAGGUUGUGUGCCUCCGUACCACGUAAAAUUGUAACUACAGCAGUUUUCUCUACUCACAGAAUCUUUGAGUCAAGCAAAGAGUCUUCCUCUGAGGCUCCUGGUUUGGAAACACUUAUCCUGUGUUUAACCUUAGGAGCAUACACAGAUCAACUGAAAUCAAAGGGAGUACUCAAGGUGCAGGUUUUGGCAGAUCAGGGCAUGGACAUGAUGCAUCAGCAGUUCCACCUUUGCCAUCUCACUUAUUUUUAAUGUAUGCUUUAAUUUCACCCUUUCAGCACCUAGCUUAUGUGGAGUGCUGAGCAAUCCUUAAUCCACGUUGCCUUCUCAGGAAGUGUCUAGGAUCUCAGGUGAAGCCCAGUAUUUUUACCAGUGAGGCACUGUAAAUAUGUAGUUGUUAAUAAAUCCCACUGUUGUGUUGUCUGUUAAAAUAAAGCACUACUCUGAGGUUUAUUUAUAUUAAAGGAAACCUUUUGUUGGUAAUGGUCAAAUUUGUUUGGUUUUUAUCUUUUUUCCAUAUACACAAGGCUUUCUUGGUAUGCACUGCAGUGACAUGCUGCAUUAAGUAUAUUCCAUGUCUCUGAUAAAAUUUUGGAAACCACAAGAGAAGUCUUCUUUUCUUGGGGGGGGGAGAAAAAAAUCUGUUGGUCCUUUGAAUGUAAAAUAUGUGAAUAAACUGAUGUUCUUAGCUUUCA